CUACCCUAAAUAGAAAAAUUCAAAAAUGGCGCGAGAAGUUUUCUGUUUACGUUUUCUGUUUUGUCGUUUAUUCGACUUUAACCUUCCUUUCUUCUCAAAUGAAUACCAUUGAAUUACUAUAAGGAAGACAAAAGAGUCUAAGACCGCUUGAAUGGCUGAGUUUUUCGUAGAAAUGCCAGAGAGCCUACGCGAUCUCUUGUCCCGAAGUCGAAAUGAUAAAGACGAUGGCGUCAAACGAUAUUUUCACUUGAUUGAAUCCAAGAAGGACACAUCUGUAAUUCGCUUUUAUGGGAAACCUAUUCUUCCUAUACUGCUCAGUGAAGAUGACAAAAUUCAGAUGCAAGAGUUUAGAAAAGCAGCUGUCAAAGUGGAGCAGAAGUUGUUUGAGGUGCAACGUGAGAAGUACUCCUCUCUUCUGAUGCAAGUUAAUGAUGUCAUGGACAGGGUCAAGAGAAACAUUGGCAUUGUAAAGAACAGGAAACCAUACACACAAGCAGAGAAAGGUCACCCUAGACCAGAGAGCAUAUCUACUCUGUCAGACAAAUUGGUAAAUAGGCAGCAUGAUGCUUUAACCACCCAUGGAUACCAAAGAGCAUCCGAGAGGACAUCUGAUGUUUCUAACUCUAGAAACAAUCUCAGCACUAGUACCCUAUUACCUGUAAAAAAGUAUCCUGGAAGACUAACGGAAAGCAUUUCCAAGUCCUCAGAUGCCACCUUAAGAAACACAAUGGACAGUGUGCUGUUCUCAACUAGACACACAGAUAGUAUCAUCAAUGCAAUUCCAGGUGCACCUGAGGCAAGCCUGUUGAGUCAGGUUGCUGUCAGUGUUUAUGGAGAGGGAGGAAAUGUUGAUGAUUCUCUUGCAUCUACAAACCUUUCCAUGGCCUUUACUGAUGUAAGUGUGGCAUCACUCCAGUCAACUGCAGGUAACCAGCCAGGAAGACCCGUCCAGCGGCAACUCAACAUGGACACUAUCAACAAUAACCUGUACCAGACUCAUCAACGCCAGCCACUUACGAGCACCCCAACAACCAGCCAUGCCCAAAGUAAUAAUAGCAUAACUGACACCAAUACCAGGAAGAACAUGUCUGGUGUCAUGCCUGGAAAAGGUGCUCAAGGGACCAAGGCUGCCCAAAGUUCAAGAUCCACUGGACCAUCUCACCAUGUAUUCAGUAAGAACAUUUCCAGUAAACACUCGUCCAGUCGUCAGGACACUACUGGUGACCAGGAUAAGGCUUUGGAAAAACUGGACAUGAUGAGGAAGAAAUUACUUCAAGAGAAAGAGAAACAACUGCAUAUUCUAAGGCAGCAAGAACUCUCCAGAUUACGUCAGAAAUCUGCAGAAUCCUUAGAUGGUAGCUUUGAGGGAAGGGAUGCUUACCAGGAUAGUGUGGCCAGGGCAACCAGUAAUAUAACAUCAAUGUACUCUAUCGCCGAGUGUAGUCACGAGGAGAGCAUGAGCAAAACAAACGCAGAGGAGUCGACAUCAGAUAAGGAGAACGUCCCUCACUGCAGCCAUGGCAACAAUGAGCGUUGUUAUGACAACACUCACAUGACAUAUGGUAACCUUGGGAAUGACUACAGUGUCUUAGCAGGAGAGGAGAUAUGUAGAUAUGUGAAGCCUGAUAAGGUCUGGGACGGCUACCCACAUGCGCUAGGGCGUGGCUAUGAGGAGUCCACACCCAGGGGGAAGAGCACAGUAAAACAUGCUGGGGAUUUGUACAUCAGGCAUGAAUUUGUCAAACAGAUGGAGGAGCUGGGCAGUCAGGAGGGUUCAGAACUGCACAAGUUUGCCGUCUUGUCUGCCCAUGCCAAGGGCUUUCUGACGCGGCGUCUCCUGCAGGCAGACAAGGUCCAGGCGCUUGUCAAGACUGUCAAGGAUACCCAAGCCUUUCUGUCAGACAUUGCAAGGGAGGGGACUCAAUCAACACAGGAAAAGAUGCUGAAUGACAGAGUAACUGCACAGCUGGAUGCAGCCAGGGGUAAACUCCAUGAUGUGUUCUUUAAAAUCCCUGUGACAGACAGGAUGGCUUACAUUGCACAUGCGCGAAGCCUGGCGAAAGAACGGGCAAUACGACAAGCCUCCAAGAAAUCUGAGUCUCGUCGAUUGUCUGCUGCCACCAUGAAAGCCAUGCAAAGACGUCAGGACGGCACUCAGGGGGGAGGUGAACCAAAGAAAGUGGGAGGAGUCAGUGCCCACCCAGGUCGUCGACGAAGCUGGGAUAUCAGGGUUCUCAAACCAACGCAGAGUCAGCGGUCACCUACACUUGCAGAGAAAAGGCCCAAGCAUGGAACCCGGCCUGAAACAGCACCCCCAGCUCGGCAGCCGAAAGCUCGUCGAAGUCUUGGGGGUCGGCCCGCCACUAUGCAAGGAGGUCGGUCAGCCACUACCCAAGGGGAACGUCCCAAGUCCCAACCUGGCACAGAUGGCGAGAAGACCCAGCUCAGAAGACCUACGAGAACCAGUCGUGAGGAGAAACCACUCACUAAGCGCCCAGCACGAGUCAGCCAAGAGGAGAGACCACAGAGGCCAACCAGGUCAAGUGCGGAGGAGAAAGCCCCGCCCAAAAGAGCCAGGCGGUCAAGAUCUGCAGAGAGGGAGGGUGGGGAUGGAGUGAGGAGUGGGGAAGAGAGGGUUGCUGCUCGCAGACCUCAGCGGAUGAGUCUUGGGGCCAAUAGACAACCGUCUAUUGCUCUGAAGGAUGGGGGGAACGUGCCAGAGAAUAAACCUAGAACGGGGCCCAUCACACGCAAGGUUGCUAAGUCGAUGGCUGCUAGAUUUGACAAGUUGUAAUAAUGUCAUGCCAAUUUUGUGUAAACGUCUGUGUGUUGGGGUGAGAUACCUGACCUCAUUGCUACUUUGCUGUAUUUUGCUAGAAAAUGGAGGCUAGAUCCAACAAGUUGCUGGUUUAAUGCUAUUUGAAAUGUGUGUAAUAAAAAAACUUGUUCUUGUC